CGAGUAGUACUACACUUCACUUCACUACGAUUCAAUUCGGAUUGCUUGGUUUUGGUUGUGCGGCUAGAAUUUAUUGUAUUCUUGUGUAUUCUCUUGUGUCGAUAGUUGUUUUAUCAAUAUAAGUAUACGCGUUCAUAUUAUAGUAAGAAUUGUAACUAUUGAUUAAAAUUAAAAAUGGAUGAUGAUGCCAGCCCCGAUUUGCAGAAGUGUUUAUCUGAUGGACCGCUAGAUGCGGAUGAUGGUCCUAUGGACACUGAUGAGGGCCCUUUGAUUAACGAAAAUUCUAACGGCCUGUCGCAUUUGUUGACCGAGGGGGAGUUUAACAGUGUGGACGCGGUAGGGGUAGACGAGUCGUCCACGUCCAACCCGGGCUUUCUGAACGCUGUCGAGUUCUCUGCAGGGAGUGUUGGAGACUAUUUGGUAAACAAUACUGACGGAUUCAACACCGAACUGAAUUCGUUCGAUGUAGGCGACAAUGCCGUAACGUUUGCCGGAGACUCGUUGAACCAUGUGUUAUCGGAUGGAGACUCUCAUCUGAGCGACGGGUACAAGGCAGUUUCAGAUACAGAUGGUGAUUUAUUAGGUACUCCAGCAAAAAUUGACAUGGAUAAUGAAAUCAGUGAAAUAUCAAAUGAUAUUGCUGAAGACACAUUAGAUAAAACUGACGAAGACAAUGUAAUUCAUGAGAUCGAGUCAUCAAAUGAUGCCGGGAUCACCCUGGAUGCAGAUGAAGGAACUGCUAAUGUGGAAGCAAUAAAAACUGUUAAUGAAAUUCAUACUGAUCAGGAACCUGUCCUGCCUGUGGAAGAAGUUGAGCAGGUCACACCAUCAAAAGAAGCAACUGAAGUUGAGGAAGAUAAACAAGAAGCACAGGAGACUACAGAAGUUCAAGCUGUAACAGAAAUACUGGAAACGGAGGAAACAAAGACUGAAGAAAGCUCAGAGAAAAAAGAAGCAGAUGAUGUUGAAAUGGCAGCUGAGAAAAGUAUUCCAGAGGUCAGCAGAGGUGCAGAGGAGACUGAGGUGGUCUCGGAAGAUGAGCUCCCAGCCGUUGAGAAGCCAAGUGUUAAGGACGCUGAAAAUGUCUCGGACGAUGAGCUUCCUGGACCUAAGCCUGCCGAACUUCCUGCUGAUACUGAGGUUGUAUCAGAGGAUGAGCUGCCAGAAAAGAAAGAGUCAAAGGAGUCUCGAAAGCGCAAAACAGAUAAUGACAAGGACGGCUACGAUCCUGGCUCCCCUACCUCCGAGAGCGAGUCAUCCAGCAAGAAGCAAGCGGUUGUUAAGAAUGGCGAAAGCAAGCCAGUGCCUUCCGAGAAGCGGCUGUCAGUGGACGAGAAGCCUAAGAAGAAAGCUCUCCCGGAGCUCGACAAAUAUUGGAAGGUUGUCAAUGACGACCCCACUGACUUCACUGGCUGGACGUAUCUGUUGCAAUAUGUUGAUCAAGAGAGCGAAGUAGAGGCCGCGCGAGAGGCCUACGACGCCUUCCUGUCGCACUACCCCUACUGCUACGGUUACUGGCGAAAAUACGCCGACUACGAAAAACGCAAAGGAAGUAAAAAGAAGUGCCUCGAGGUAUUGGAAAGGGGGCUGAAAGCCAUCCCACUGUCGGUUGAUCUUUGGAUACACUACCUCAAUCACAUUAAAGCCACUAGAACCGAAGAUCACGCAUACAUCAAGGCGCAGUACGAGAGAGCUAUAGAGGCGUGCGGUUUGGAGUUCCGCUCGGACCGCCUCUGGGAGUCGUACAUCAAGUGGGAGGCGGAGAACGGGUCCGCACUCAACGUCACCAACAUAUACGACCGUUUGCUGGCCACACCCACUCUCGGCUACACAUCGCAUUUUGACAAUUUCCAAGAGCACGUGAUGUCGGAGCCGGUGACGGGCGUGAUAUCGCGGUCGGAGCUGGUGCGGCUGCGCGGCGACGUGCGCGACGCGGUGCGCGAGGCGGGCGGCGCGGCGCCGCAGCUCGACCUGCCGCCCGGCGAGGACGAGCCCAUUGACCACAUCGCUUCUGACGAGGAGGCUCAAGCCAUCAAGGAGCGCAUCAUCGCGGCGCGCCGCAAGGUGCACAAAACCACGGGCGAACAGGUCGCCGCCAGGUGGACCUUCGAAGAGGGAAUCAAGCGGCCCUACUUUCACGUGAAGCCCCUGGAGCGUUGCCAGCUCAAGAACUGGAAGGCGUAUCUAGAAUGGGAGAAGCAGCACGGCUCGCUGAAGCGCGCUCUAGUGCUACACGAGCGGUGUCUCAUCGCCUGCGCGCUAUACGACGAGUUCUGGAUGCGGCUGAUAAAGUUCCUAGAAGAGCGCAUAGAAACGAACCCUGAGCUAGUAGCCGUAGAACGAGAGGUCCUCGAGCGAGCGUGCACCGUCCACCACCUCGACAAGCCGGAGCUCCACCUGCACUGGGCGCACUUCGAGGAGGCCCACGGCAACGCCGCCAAGGCCGCCGAGAUCCUCGACCGGAUAGAGAAGACCUGCCCCACGCUGGUGCAGAUACAGUACAGGUAGCUAUAGCUAGUACGUGUCAACCUGGAACGUCGUCGUGGGGAUUACGACAAAUGCUCGCAGCUAUAUGAGACCUAUAUCGCCGCUGCAAAGAAUAAGGCUAUCGCGUCAGCGCUGUCCAUCAAGUACGCGCGGUUCCUGCACCACGUGCGGCAGCAGCCGGGCGCGGCGCGCAAGGCGCUGGACGAGGCGGUGGCGCGCGACCCGCUCAACCAGCGCCUGCACAUGCAGCGCCUCGACCUCGCGCUGCACACGCCGGGCACGCCCUACGAGGAGCUCGAAGAGCUGGUAUCGUCGUACGAGAAGCAGGAGGGCGCGGAGCUGGAGACGAGCGCGGCGCUGGCGUGGCGGCGGCGCGAGCUGGCCGAGGAGCUCGGCGGCGCCGCCGCGGCGCGCGCCGCCGCCGCGCACGCGCGCGCGCUCGCCAAGCACCUGCGCAAGCGCGCGCGCAAGGACAAGCACGACGUGCCGCCGCCGCCCAACGCAAGCACAGACACGAAGAAAAAGGAAGCGGCCGCUAGUUCGACGACGACGGCGGCCAGCUCCGCCUACUACCAGACCCCUGCCGCCACCACGCAGUCCUACGAGCAGAGCUACGCGCCGCCCUACCAGCCGCCCUGGGGCUACCAGCAGCCGCCCGGGCCCUACCAGCACCACCCGCACCCGUGGCCGCAAUACCCCAACUACUACUAGCACAAACCGAGCCGGCGUAACUAAACACUGAUCUCAAAACUAAAUACGUACAGGUCUUGACUCCAAGCUCAGAGAGUUAUUGAUUGUAAUGCCGCGGCCACACUAAAGGGAAACGCCGUUGAUUAUCGCGAUAAUGAACGGCGUUUCCCGUUAGUGUGGCCCCGGCAUAAUAGAGGUAAAGUCUAAGAAAAAAUGUGCCACCUAGAUUGACAACCGAAACAGAACGCUCUGUACUACGUCGUGUGUUGUGGUCACUAAAGUGUCCAACGCAAAGUUUUGACUACCAUAGUUACAGCAUAAAGUACUGAGCCGUAUAGCGCCGUCUCGUGUAGCUGUCGAAUUCGAAGCACGUACCUAAUUCUUAGACUACUCAUCUAGUGCAAUCAAUAUACCUUUGCUGUCGCAUCACGCUUGCUUUUUCGUGUACACUCUCUACUGCAUACCUCCAGGUAAACAUGGUAGCAAAACGUACACAAAAAGCGAAGUGUAAUUCAAAAUUUAACAGUACAGUAAACUUUUGCUGGCACAUUCACUCGUUCUUAACAGCAGAUACCAUGGUCUGUCACCAAAUGGUGCGUGCCAUGAGUUUACCCUCUCUUUAUAUUGGAGACUUGAAUAUCGAUGUAGUUUAAAUAAUCUAUCCUUACAGCGAAAUAUCCAGAAAAUUAGUUACGCUAGGUAGUGUAUGGGUUAGAUGGGGAGUAGGUUAAGAUUGGACGAUUACACUUAAGUGUUUUUACCGCACCACCGUUUUACAACAACCGACAACUCAGUGUGAUUGUUUCAACAUUUAAUGCUUUGUUGUACAUUUAAAUAAAAAAAUAUUUACAAACUAUAAA